AAAUAAACAAAUUGAUUACAUUAUUAACGAAUUGAAGUGCUUGUGCUUGUGCUUGUGCAUUCAUAUCCAACCAUUGCAUUUAAGCCACUCGCGGCUCGAAUCCCCCCCAUCAACUGCAUCAUUAGUUGCUGGUGGCACUCAAACCAAUAUUUUGUUUGGAGGUGUGUGGAAAGAUGACCGCCUCGGACAAGUAUACUUAUCAGCGGACGGUGCUAUGCUUGGCCCGUGUACUGGCUGGCAUUCAGCCCACGCCAUGGGACAAGGUGCAAACGCUAUUCCGCUACUGUCCGCAGGAGAAUGCAUCGGGCGUAUUUUGCUUGGACUCGAGGGCCCAGGAUGCGGUCAUUGCAUUGGGCAUUUACUUUCUGGAAGGUGGCUGCCAGCACGAAUCACAAAUCGUGCCCUAUCUGCUGCGACUGGCCAAGAGCCUGCCCAAGGCGAGAAUACACGAUGAGCGCAGCAGUAAAGUCGAACGUGUACGCAUACCGGCAGCGGAGAAGUUUAGUUUCUGUUUGAACACACUGCUAUCGGAUAUAGCAGCGAAAUGUCCAGAGUCGCGGGAGGAGAUCAUACUGAAUCAGGUGGAGACGCUGGGCACACUGGCGAAUAUCGUGAAGCCCGGCAAGGAUAGCAAUUCGGCGCCACCGCCAAUGGUUUUGUGCAACGCAACGGUGCCGUUGCUAUUCGGUUUGGCCAGAUCGAUGGGUCGCUAUGCGAGCAAUGAUCCGCCGCUGUUGUGCCGCAUCUUUCCGCCUGAACAGCUGCACAUACAACGUGCCAGCGCUGGCGGUGGCAAUGGCACUUACAAUAACAGCUCCUUUAGCAGCAGUGAACGUUUGGCGACCACACAAUUUCGUCCAAUCAUACCGCGUUCGAUGUCCGGCACCUUGGCGAACCAUAAUCACAAUUCGAAUUUGGAUGACCAUCAUCAUCGUAUGCGCCCAUUGGGGGGCUCUGGCAGGCAGAGAGCAUCGUUGCACACGUAUUUCUCCGUACCGUAUGAUCCACGUACGCAUUUCUUUACACGCUACGGCUCCAGUUUCAAUCAGUUUCCACAUAUGCGUGUCAAUCAAUGCGAAUCGCCCAGCAAGAAUGGCCCAAAGCCAUUGUAUCGUGUGCCACCGUUUCCCAUCCAGCAUUUGCAGACGAUAUUUGCGGUGUCCAAGAAGCUGCUGACCAAGGAUACCCUCGACUAUUUGGAUGAGCUGGGCAGCGAUAUAUUCUCAUUGCAUUUGAAUAAUGGCAAUUGCUACAAGAGCUUCUCGGAGAUGCUCAAUUUGGUGCUGGUCACAUUGUUGCGCGAACUGUUGCAGCAUCAGAUCGAUCUGCCCACACCGUUCACCAAGGAUGUCCAGGAGUUUGUCAAGCGACUCUUUCUCAACGGCCAAACGGAGCUGCAGAACAAGCAGCAGGAUCAGGAGCGCGAACGACGCGAAGAAAAUGGCAUCGCCGUCGUCAACAAAUACAAAAUUAAUGUGAUGGCAAAUGCCGCCUGCGUGGAUCUAUUGGUUUGGGCCAUACGCGAUGAGACGGUUGAUGUCGACUAUAACGUGCCAUCAUUGCAAAAUGGCUUGCAUUUUUUAUUGAAAAAAGAGGCGGACAAACUGUGCGGACGACUGUCCCAGAAGCUCAAUCUGAUGCUGAGCCAUAAGAUCGUGAUGGAUCAUAUGCCGCUGCUAAUGGUCUGUCUGGAGGGAUUGGGCAAGCUGGCACAGAAGUUUCCCAAUAUUGCCGGCACAUCGAUAUCGUAUCUGCGUGAUUUUCUUGUCGAUCCCAGCCCGAUAUUGGGUAAACUGCAUACGUAUGCAAUGCAAACGCUUGCGCUCCAAAAGAAGGAGAAGGAACUGACGCCAUUCAAGAUUGUUGUCCAGCAUUCGGAUUCGCGUUCGGUUGUCGACAUCUUUGGUGACAAUCAAAAGCAGCCAGGCACUGGACGCAGCGGUCAUGCGGCCUUCGAGGCACUCCGCGAUGCUGCAAUUGAGAAUCUAUCAAUUGCCCUGCGCUCUGCUCACACGCUGGACCAGUUCUGUGUGCCCGCUUUGGUUGCCAACGUCUCCAAUCGUUUGUUCACCGCCGAGAAGCACGAGAGUGAGUCAACGCUAGUCAGUUUGAACAUAAUUGUGAUGCUGGGUCACGUGGCCGUCGCAUUGAAGGACACAUCGAAGACGACACAAAACAUACUGCAGUUCUUCAUACAGCGGUUCUGCAAGGUGCCAUCGGAGCAGAAUGCAUUGAUUGUCGAUCAACUUGGCUGCAUGAUCAUCUCGCAGUGUGAGACGCACAUAUUCGAUGAGAUCAUGAAGAUGUUCUCGCGCGUCACCGUACAAUCGGCAUCGCUGGCAUAUAACUCAGAUCCGGAGAAUCGCAAGCAAUUCCAUCAUGUCUCCGAUGCGGUUGUCAAUGCAUUGGGCAACAUUGCUGGCAACAUUCAGGGCGAUGCCGAGAUGCUUGAGUUGCUUGGCAAACUGUUGGAGUUGUUUGUCCAAAUUGGACUCGAUGGCGAACGGUCAUACGAUAAUACGCCGGGUGCGCAAAAGGCCAGCUCGCGUGCCGGUAACCUGGGCAUGCUUAUACCCGUAAUUGCUGUUCUCAUGCGUCGCCUGCCGCCGAUCAAGAAUCCGCGUCAACGUCUGCACAAGCUCUUCAAAGAUUUCUGGGCGUACUGUGUCGUUAUGGGAUUCACAAAUGCCCGACUCUGGCCAGCCGAUUGGUAUCAGGGUGUGCAGCAGAUAGCGGCCAAAUCGCCGCUGCUCAUCUCACAGACGGCACACAAAUCGGAUAUGCGGGAACUCAACUAUACGCUGGCCAUUAAGAGCGAUUCGGUGAAUGAGCUGCGCAGCCAAAUACUGGUGCUGCUCGAGCAUUCCUCGGACAAUGUGGCCGCUUGCAUCAAUAAGCUCAGCUUUGCCCAGUGCACCUAUCUGCUCAGCGUCUAUUGGCUCGAAAUGCUGCGAGUCGAAAAUGCCGAUGAGCCCAGCCUGGAGCCCAUUAUGAGCUACCUAUGCGAUACGGCUCUCCAAAAGGACAAAACCAACAUUUGGCAAUGCGUUAAAUGCGUUGCCGAUCAGGUUUUUGAGAAAUUUCGCAAUGUGCUGUUUGCGCACGAUGAGAUCCGCGAGAAGGUGCUGGAAUCGCAGGCGACGCUGCUGUUGGUGUACUUCAAUCACAUCCAUAAGCAGAUCCAGCUGGUGGCGGAUCAGUAUCUAUCGCAGCUGGUCGAUCGCUUUCCGCAUCUGCUGUGGAAUCGUCGUGUGUUGUGGUGCAUGCUGGACAUACUACAGUUGCUGGCGUACUCAUUGUCACUGGAUCCCAACGAGGAGACGCCCAUUUUGCGUGUGGUCUCAACGCCGUAUACGCUGCAAUUGAUGGACUCGCUGCCGGCACGCGAGCUCCGGCUCAAAGAUUUCGCCGAUCGCUGUCAGGGCAUUGUGAACGAGGCAAUGAAGUGGGCGCCACGCUCGACACGCUCCCAUCUGCAGGAGUAUCCCAAUCAGAUACCGACACCAGUGCUGGCCCAUCACAGCGGCCUGGCGUUGGCCUUCGAUUCGGUUGUCAACAGCAGCACCCUGCAUCCGGGCAAUGCGCUGAGCACGCUCAGCAAGCGGCCCAGUUGCGUUAAUUCGGAUACGCCACGAUUCGUUUCCGUGCUGUGUCUGCGCAGCAAAUACGCCGGCGAGAUAAGCGGCCUGCUGUCCGUGUUGAGUGAACAGGAUAAGGUUGGCCUCGCCGAUCGACUGGUGAGCGAUGUGUGGGGUGCCUGUGCGGAGAAGAGCGAUGCUCGACAUCGUGGCGCUUUGUGGCGUGCCACUGCCUAUCUGAUCAUCUGUGCCGAGAUCGAUCGCAAGCUGCUGCAUGCGGUGGCCAGUUCGCAAUUGGAACUGUUUACGGAGUCAGCGAUGGAGACGGCUGUCGAGUGCUGGCAAUGGGUGUUAACCGCUCGACAGGAUCUCGAGCUGUGCUUCAUCCAGGAGAUGGUCAGUGCGUGGCAGACAACGUUCGAGAAGCGUAUGGGUCUAUUCGCCUGGGAAAUGGAGGGCACCAAUCCAUUAGCCGCCUACGACGGCUGCAAACUGGUCAGCAAACCGAUCCUAAUUGCACCGCAUCUCAUCUGGCUGCAGUUACUCUCCGAAAUGGUGGACACGGCCAAAUAUUGUAAUCGCGACAAGGUGGAAAUGUUCUGUCUGCUUCUGCAUCGCUGUCUGCCCAUAUUGAAGAGCAGUCGACAGAAUCGUCAGGUGGCCACUGUUGGCUGUCGCUUCAAGUUGCUGCAGUGCGGCCUGUUCUUGCUACAGGGCAACACGAUACCCAAAUCGCUGGCACGGAACAUUUUGAGGGAGCGCAUCUAUUCGAAUGCACUCGACUAUUUUUGCGGACCGCCCACGUGCCCCAAUCAGAGUCGGGAACAGCUGCUCGAGGAUAUACUGAUCUUGCUCAAAUUCUGGCAAACGAUGCGCAGCGAAAAGAAACAUUUGGUCACAUCGGAGGUGGGUGAUUAUGAUAUAACCAGCACAUCGGUUAGCUCCACCCAAAUGUUGGCGGUGCGCAAUAAUCCAGAGACAGCAUCGCUAAUCAGUGGUGGCGCCGAAUAUGCUCGCUCCAUGAGUGCAACGGGCAAUGCAAGUGGCUGGUACAACACCAUACCACAUUCAACGUCCACGUUGUCGAAGCGUUCGUAUCGCUCCAAGCGUUUGCAAUACCAGAAGGAUUCAUAUGACAAGGAUUACAUGAAGAAGCGCAAUCUGAUACUCGAACUGCUUGCCGUCGAACUGGAGUUCCUCAUCACCUGGUAUAAUCCCAACAGUCUGCCCGAUCUGAUAGUGCCAGGCGAGGAGCAGAUCACCGAGUGGCGGAAUCGUCCCUACAAGCCAAAUGUUUGGCGUGACUAUGCCCGCUUAGCAUGGUGCUACAAUCCGGCGCUGGCCGUCUUUCUGCCGCAGCGCAUCAAGAAUGCGGAGACCAUUGACGAGGAGGUGUCGCGACUGGUCUGCUCGGAUCCGAUAGCCGUUUGUCAUAUACCCGAGGCGUUGAAAUAUUUAUGCACCACCAAGAAUCUGCUGCAAGAAAGUCCCGAUCUUGUCUACAUACUAUCCUGGUCAGCGGUGACGCCCAUCCAGGCGCUCUCCUACUUCUCGCGACAAUAUCCAUCGCAUCCGCUGACCGCACAGUAUGCGGUUAAGACGCUCAGCUCAUAUCCGGCGGAAUCAGUGCUGCCGUAUAUACCGCAACUGGUGCAAGCGCUGCGGCACGACACCAUGGGCUAUGUGGUGGAGUUCAUUAAGAAUAUAUCGAAGCGAUCGCAGAUAGUGGCCCAUCAGCUGAUCUGGAACAUGCAGACGAACAUGUACAUGGACGAGGAUCAGCAGCAUCGUGAUCCCAUUCUGUAUGAGGCAUUGGAUGUGCUCACCCAGAACAUCAUUGCCUCAUUCUCUGGCGCCGCAAAACGUUUCUAUGAGCGUGAAUUCGAUUUCUUUGGCAAGAUCACAGCCGUAUCCGGCGAGAUACGAUCCUUCCCCAAAGGCAUUGAGCGAAAGAAUGCCUGCUUGGCGGCACUGAGUCGCAUCAAAGUCCAAUCCGGCUGCUAUCUGCCAUCCAAUCCGGAGGCAAUGGUCCUCGAUAUUGAAUACAGCAGCGGUACGCCCAUGCAGAGUGCGGCCAAAGCACCAUACUUGGCCAGAUUCCGUGUCUAUCGCUGUGGCAUCAACGAGCUCGAGGCACGCGCCAUGGAAGUGUCCAAUAAUCCGAACUCACAGGAGGAUGCCCAUAUGACGCUGGGCGUCGAAUCGUGGCAGGCAGCCAUAUUCAAGGUGGGCGACGAUGUGCGCCAGGAUAUGCUGGCACUGCAAGUGAUCACCAUAUUCAAAAAUAUCUUCCAACAAGUUGGCCUGGAUCUGUUUCUCUUUCCCUAUCGCGUUGUUGCCACAGCACCAGGUUGCGGCGUCAUUGAGUGUGUGCCCAAUGCCAAGUCACGCGACCAGCUGGGCAGGCAGACAGAUUCCGGCCUAUCCGAGUACUUCCAGCAUCAGUAUGGCGAUGAGAGCUCCAAGGAGUUUCAGGCGGCUCGGGCCAAUUUUGUGAAAUCGAUGGCCGCCUAUUCGCUAAUUGGAUAUCUGCUCCAAAUCAAGGAUCGACACAAUGGCAACAUCAUGAUCGACAAGGAUGGCCACAUCAUACACAUAGAUUUUGGCUUCAUGUUCGAAUCAUCGCCGGGCGGCAACAUUGGCUUCGAGCCGGACAUGAAGCUCACCGACGAGAUGGUCAUGAUAAUGGGCGGCAAAAUGGAGGCGCCCACCUUUAAAUGGUUCAGUGAGCUGUGCGUGCAGGCGUUCCUCGCUGUGCGACCCUAUCAGGAUGCGAUUGUCUCGCUGGUAUCGCUAAUGCUGGACACGGGUCUGCCCUGCUUCCGCGGACAGACGAUCAAUCUGCUCAAGCAGCGAUUUGUUGCCACCAAGAACAACAAGGAGGCCGCCGCACACAUGUUGGCCGUCAUACGUAACUCGUAUCAGAAUUUCCGCACGCGUACCUACGACAUGAUCCAGUACUAUCAGAACCAGAUACCCUACUAAAGUCUUCUCUGCCAAUGGAGUUUUCAAUUUUCCUUUUUUUUUUUAUGAUUUUGUUUGUGUUUUGGUUUUAUUGCUUGCAAGGUUGUUGGUCGAGUUGUGUUCUGGUUUUGGUUUGGUUCGGUUUGGUUUGGGGUUCAUUGAUUAGCCAAAUGCUGUAUUAUUUAUUAUACCUAUUAUUUUCA